UGAUUGUCAACUUCCCUUCAAAUACUUGAAGCUUCAAUUGCUCGUCACCCACCCCGAAGUCCUUCGACUCGUUACCACAGCACCCCACAUCCACAGCUACUACCACACCGAUUGGCAUACAAGCUACCCCACCAUGAGAACCCACAACAUCCUCAUCGUCGGCGCCAACCGCGGACUCGGCGAGGCCCUUGCUCUCCAGUACAAGCACGAAGGCAAGAACGUCUAUGCGACAGCCCGCCACACGGCACCCCUCGCCACCCAUGGCAUCCACUGGAUCCCCAACAUCGACAUCACGCGCGAGAAUGCCGGCCGCCUCAUUGCUAUGCAGUAUGACUCCGAGAGCAUCGACCUGCUUAUCAUCUGCGCGGGCUACUUUGCUAAGGAGAAGCUCGACGACCUCGACUACGAUCGCCAGGUGACCAUGUACAAGACGACUGCGAUUGGACCAACGUUCCUCAUCCAGCACCUCAUCAACCACAACCUGCUCAAGAAGGAUAGUCGCGUCGUGCUCGUAGGCGGCGAGAGCGGCAGCAUUGCGUUGCGGCACAAGGUCGAGGGCGGCGGCAACUACGGCGGUCACGGGAGCAAGGCGGCCCUCAACAUGGUCGGAAAGCUGCUAAGCAUUGACCUGGAGAAGAAGGGUAUCGCCGUUGCAGUCGUACAUACGGGAUACCUACGGAAGCAGAACAAGGAUGGUUUCUUCGAAUCGGGAGGCCCAGAUGCCGUCAAGCCCGACGAAGCAGCCCAUCACCUCCGCGACUGGAUCUCUACCUUCGAUAUGAGCAAGACCGGCCAAUUCUGGUCUGUCCGGGGCGCCGCUGGCAUCCGAUCCGCCGAGCACGUGCUUGGGCAGAAGCACGAGGAAGAUCUCUCGGCGCCCAUGCAGCUACCAUGGUAGAUUGCCUACUUGAAUUCAUCGCAGCGGUUGACCAGACACAUCUGGGCGCGCGGCAUGGGCGGCAUUUGCAGGCGUUAUCGGGAACAGAAUAUAUGGGUUGACGAAGUCACGACGUGGAUACCACCCGCAGCAGUAGGAUAUCCAAGGCUGAAGCAUGGCAUAGAGUAGUGGAUUUAAUGAGCAUUAUGUACUAUUCGAUAGAGUCUCGACUGGGUAUCCACGUCUUGAGCGUACAUAGUCCUUACGGGAGAAACAAAAAGCCAUUGUCAUCGUCGUGGUCUCUAGUAUGGAGGCCUGCAUCAUCGCGUUGUUAGGCAUAAGUCCCUAGCGUGCACUGCCAUUUUCGACCAACGCACUCAUUCCUAUUUCCUCUUCAAAAGAAAGCUUAGGCCGGCAUUUUACGUGCGGAAAGGGCCUACGUUGCA